GAUAGGCAGAACGAAGGUGAUCAUUCCUUUUUAGACCGUAGUGACGGUCAGAGUGAGGUCGAAACAGAUCACAGACGAGAACACCGGAGUACAGAAAACAGUGACAUUUUGUUGUGUACGUACAAUAAAAAUUUAAACUGCAAUCACAUUGUUGUGUUUGUUGCGAGACAGGCAGGAUUAUCCUUCAAACGUGAAUAGCUUGAAGUGUUGUCAAUUAGCUUGCUAGCUGUUUAUUACAGAGGUUAGCAAUUAACAGCUAACAGUUAACGUCCCUGUUAUUUAGCAUUGUUGCUUUUUGUAGGAGUUGGGAAGGAGCCUCAGACCUCUGUGUGCUGUUUAUAUAUUUUCCAGGUGUGUCAUUAUUUUCUAUUCAUUUGUUGUGUUGGAUGUUUAUACCAGAGAGUGUUGAAGUAGAGCUUUGUUUACUGUGGUCCUGGCGUUAGCUAUUUUUUCCUCUAUGCUAGCUCCCGCUGACUAGCGAGCUAACUACUUCUGUUGUUUCAUGAUGUUUUGGAUCUGAUGUAAGUUCGCAUCAUCCAGGCAACACAGCACAACAACGCAUUUAUUUAGCGUCAUCUCCCUCCCCCUGCAAGUGCUGACAUUGCCCCACCCCUCGCGGCUCCUACUCGGGUCUAGUGUGAACACAAUUGCCUAGCUGCACGAUUAGAACGUUCACAAUUUCCGCUUUAGUUCCGGUAAGCUAACCCAUUUCCGGCAAAGAGUAUGUUCCAGUUGGAUCCUGAAGAUGUCGCUUUUCUACAGUCGAUGUUUGCAAGAUUUGCCAAAGAUCACGGUGAACGAUGUCCACCGAAUUAUUCAGGCGGCAUCAUCCACUCCACGGAGUAAACGGGAGAAAGGAUUCAAGAUGUAUAUAUCUAGUUACAUCGACAAUUUUGAAGAUCCUCCUUGAUGGCUCCUCUCCAGUACAGCUGUGUGAGGCUGUCUGUUCCUGUGUGGCUGGCCAGGUACUUUGCAAUCACAAUGUUGCCCUGCUCUACCAGACUGCACAUUAUUCACAGCUCCAACUUAGUGCUGUACCACCCGUCCGGAGCUGCACUGAGACAGAGCAACGCUGGCACAAGCCACGGACCAUGGGUGUUAAGCCAGGCCGAGUUAGGGAUAUGGUUGUGAUGGCGGCUAAACCAAAACAGAGGACUGUAGGAAGUGGUGUAAGAAGCACACUGUAUAAAGCAGUGCAGGGGGAGCUGCCUGAUCCAGACAUGCUGAAGGUGGCAGAGGUCUACGCUGACUUCCCUGCUACAUUGGCGCCACUCAUCACCACCAUGGCAAUCAGCUCAGAUAUCCCUCUGGUCCAGUCAGCGCUUGGACAAGUCCAGGAGGGAAGUCUUAUUGCAAUGCAGCACCCGGUAACCCUCAGUAGAAAUAUCCAGUAUUAUCCAGAUGCUCCUCCACCACCACCUUUACCGUUGACUGAUUACAGAAUGGAACCCACGGCCUGCCAGUUUGUUUGCAGCUUCCAACAACAGCUGCAUCUGGUCUCUCUGCAAACAAGUUUGGAAACUGCCAGACAGGUGGAGGCUUCUACUCGGGACCAAAGCCUGUCUGUGGAGUGGUAUCGAGUUAGGAGCCUACGUGUGACAUCGUCCCACUUCAGAGAGGUCUGCCAUGUGCGAGGUAACAGUACAGCACAGCAGCUUGCAGAGAGGAUGAGAAAGGGUGUGGUUCAGACCGCUGCUAUGAAGAGGGGCCUGGCACUGGAGCCGGUUGCUGUUGAGGAGUACUGCAGGGUCAAGAACCUCAACUAUUGGCCCUGUGGAUUUGUAAUCCAUCCUGAUGCCCCCUGGUUAGGCUGUUCCCCUGACGGCAUUGUGUUUGAUCCCUUAGAAAACCCUCCAUUUGGCUUGGUGGAGAUCAAAUGCCCCAAUGCUAAGAGCUAUGUCGACUGCAAGUACUUAAAAUCAAAUGGUGACACUAUGUCACUAAAACGGCAGCAUGCAUACUAUUGGCAGGUUCAGGGGCAACUUCUCAUCACUGGCAUGGAAUGGUGUGACUUUGUUGUCUUUGCAGAAGAUGACAUGGUCAUACAAAGGAUAUACAGAGACAAGGAGAUUGCUGAAGUGAUACGAGAGAAGGGAGAUCACUUUUUCUUUUAUUUUUACAUGGCUGUUUGUUUAAGAUAAAAAAAAAUAAUCUUUACUUUCUUACAGAUUGUUCGAUUUACAUUCUGUCUUGAGUUUACAAUUGUUGUUAUUCUAGAUUACCCAACUUUUUGAAUCAGUUGAAGUAAAUCAGUUCAAGUUAUAGAUUUGUAAAAAUGAACAAUAACAUCUCUACAUUCUGUAAUGUUUGGGGUGUCAACAGCAAGACAUCAGUUCAAGUUGAAUACAUAUCUACACAAAAUGAACAAUAACAUCUCCACACCUGGUGAUAUUUGUGCACCUGUAAAAAUGAACAAUAACAUCUCUACAUUUGGUGAUAUUUGUGCACAUGUAAAAAUUAAUAAUAACAUCUCUACAUCUGGUGGUGAUUGCACACAGCAGAAAAAUGUCUCAUAUGUAUUAACAUAUACCAAAACAUUUACCAAAAAUGAACAGCAUCUCUACAUUUGGUAAUAUUUGUGCAGGUGUAAAAACUGAUAUCGUUAGGAUCUUUUUUUUUUUGUUUGUGCACAUCCAACAUCAAAACAUCGAGUUUGAUACAGAUUUGCAAAGAAAGAAAUCUGUUGUAAAGGUAAUUUUGUUCAGCUGUACACACCUGGUCCUUAGAAGUGAGCAAAAGUCACCUCUUUGAUUGAAAUUAAACAAUAACAUGAUUGAAUUAAAGAGCAGCAGGUAUCUGUUCAAGUGCUGUAAAGAUUUGUAAUAAUGUACUAUAACAUGUUUGAAUUGAAGAACAGCAGAUAUCUGUUCAAGUGCUGUAAAGAUUUGUGAAAAUGAACAAUAACAUCGCUUGUGUAGACACUAACCUACCACCUGUGUUUUUGUCUUGUUUCCUGACAGACAAGCUCUGUACAAACUUGUAAAAAUGUACUAUAACAUGUUUGAAUUGAAGAACAGCAGAUAUCUGUUCAAGUGCUGUAAAGAUUUGUGAAAAUGAACAAUAACAUCGCCUGUGUAGACACUAACCUACCACCUGUGUUUUUGUCUUGUUUCCUGACAGACAAGCUCUGUACAAACUUGUAAAAAUGUACUAUAACAUGUUUGAAUUGAAGAACAGCAGAUAUCUGUUCAAGUGCUGUAAAGAUUUGCAAUGAUGUACUAUAACAUGUUUGAAUUGAAGAACAGCAAAUAUAAGAACAAUAACAUUUAAAGAACUGAUUAAGUUAACAAAACAAACAUUUCAGAACAGAUUUUUUGCUGAAAUAACCGAUUUAAAAAUAACCAUUCACUUU